AUGUAUAUUUAUAAUAAACAAAAUAUGUAUCUACAUAUGAAUAAUAAAAUAAAUAAUUUCGAUAAUACAUAUAAUAAAUAUUUUAAAAAUAACACAUUAAAAGAUAACCAGUUAAACAACUUGAAUAAAUUUAAAUGUCAAGAACCUAAUAAUUUAUAUGAUAACAUUAAUAAUAUAAAUAAAAGAAAUAGUAAUUUAAUAAAUUAUAAAAUGGGUCAGAGAAAUGCAAAAAUACAGCAAAAUGGAAUAUAUGAUAUAAAGAAUGAUAUAAUAUAUAAUCAUAAUAAUAUUAAUAAUAGAUAUAAUAAUAUGACUUAUCAUAAUACUGAUAUAAAACCAUCAAAUUUUAAUAUGAAUAAUAUUAAAAUAUUAGAUGAAGAAGAAGAAAAAAAAGAAAAGGAAAAUUAUCAUAUAAACACAUAUCAUCCAUAUCAUAACAAAAAUUUAAAUAAUAAUAAUAUUCCAUCUGUUUUUAAAUAUGAUGAUAUUAUAAAUAAUAAUGAUUAUAAGAAUUUCAACAUAGAAAAUAAACACAAGCAUAUAAAUUAUUUUAACAGUAAUACUAAUAAUAUAAAUAAUAAUGAUAUUAUAUACAACAAUAAUAAUAAUAAUAAUAAUAAUAAUAAUAAUAAUAAAAAUAAUAGUAAUAAUAAUAAUAGCAAUAAUAAUAAUAAUAAUAAUAGUAACAAAUUUAAUCUUUUAAAUAGUGCAAAAAAUCCUUACACAUGGUCAGAUAGAUUUAAUAUAAAAAAUAACAAUGAAAAUAUUGAUUCAAAUAAAAAAUAUUUUGACAACAUAUAUCAAAAUCCUUAUAGAAAUAAUCAGAAUAUAACAAGUAAUCAGAUUAAUCAUGAUAUGAAUAAUGAACAAAUAAAUACAAAACAGUUUAAUAAUAUAUAUCGUAAUAAUAAAUUUACGAAGACACAAGAUAUAAAAAAUAAACAAGGGCAAUUAGGAAAUAAUGCUUAUCAUUUUAAUCACACAAAUAAUAAUAAUAAUAAUAAUAUUUAUAAUAAUAAUAAUAUUUAUAAUUAUAAUAAAAAUAUUGAUUUAUUUAAUUCAAAAAAAGAAAAAAAUAAUGACAUUGACGAUAUUAUAAAAAAAUAUACUACAGAUAAAGAUAACAGAGAUGAUAAUAAUAAAUUUAAUUGUUUAUAUGCAAACAAUGAUGUUCUUAAUGAUAUUCUAAGAAAUAGUAACAAUAAUAAUAAUAUAAAUAAUAUAAAUAAUAAUAAUUAUAGUAAUAAUAUAAAUAAUAUAAAUAAUAUAAAUAAUAAUAAUCAUUAUAGUAGUAAUAAUAAAAUGAAAUUAUUCACCUUUAACUCUUCAUCCUUACGAAAUAAACAAAAAGAUGAUGAAGAAAAGAAGAGAGAAAAAAAAUUGAAUUUAUUAAAAAAUAUUAUAGUUAAUAAUCCAAAUAAAAAAUGCAAUAUGAGCUUUCAUGACGAUUUUUAUGAUAGCUUAGCUCAAGAUAAUUUUUAUAUAAAUACAAGUUCUAUAGUUGAUUAUAAUGUUGACACUUUGCAUAAUGAUGUGUAUAAUAAGAAUUAUAAAUAUAAUAAUAUAAAAGAUGAUAUAAACGAUCAUGAUAAAAAUAUAUAUAAAAAAAAUGAACACAAUAAUAUAUAUGACAAAAAUAUUUAUGAAGACAAUGAAAAAAAUGCAUAUGAUAAAAAUAAAAUCUAUAAUUUUUUAUAUGACGACCUUAAUACACUUGAUAAAAUGAAUGAGACACCUUAUAUUAUGAAUAAACAUAAAAUUUAUAAUGAAAAUAUAUAUAAUGAACAAGAUAAUAAUAUUAUGACUAUAGACAAAAAUUAUGAUCAUUAUUCAUAUGAUAAAACAUAUAAAAAAAUGAAUAACCUAAAUGAUAUGGAUUCAAUAAAAAAUAAAGAAAAUAAUUUUCAUUUAUUAAAUAAUAAUAUAAAUAUAUAUGAUCAUAUCAAAACUGGAAUAAAUCAAGGAGUAGAUAUAUUCCAUACACCCAUGAGGAAUAAUAAUAUUAAUAAUAAUAAUUAUGAAGAAGAUUUUUAUCAAUAUAAAAAUAAUAAUAAUAUUAAUAAUAAUAAUAUUAAUAAUUACAAUAUGUCUGUCAACAAAAAUGAGAAACAGCUGUUUCAAUUUAAUAUGUUUGAAAAUAAUUAUAAAAAUGAUGCUAAUAAAUAUGAUGCUAAUAAAUAUGAUAUUAAUAAAUAUGACAAGUGCAAUGUAAACCACAUAGGAUACAAAUAUAAUGAUAAAGGACAUGAUUAUUAUGAUGAAAAUGCAAGCAAAAUAUCCCCGUUUGAUAAAUUCAAUGAUAAUAAAAAUCAUAUAAAUGAAAAUAAUUUAAAUUUUUUUGAACAGAAUAAAAUAGGAGGGAAUAACGGAAGGAAUUCUUUUUUGAAAAAUUCGAAUCUUUUAUUUGAUGAUAUGGAUCAAUAUAAAAAUGACAGAAAUGACAAAAAUGAUAGAAAUGAUAGAAAUGAUAAAAAUUAUCUUAGUGGCAUAGAAAGAAAAAGCUAUUUAUAUAAAAAUAAUAAUCCAAUAAAUAAUAAUUGGAAAAAAAAUGAUCAAAGUGAAUUCCUCUUUUUAGAGAAUCCAAACGAAAUAAAUAUUUUUAGAAAUACAGAUAGAGCUAAUGAUAAUUUCACACAAGAUAAUUUUUUAAAGAAAAAUACAAAUAUAAUAGAAAUGAAUAAGAUAUUGAAUAAAUAUAAUAAUGAUGAUAAAUUAAAUACUGUAGAUAAUUAUGAUAAUAAUACAUUAUAUAUGAACAAAAUAAAAAACACAAACAAUCAUCAAAAUGAUAACAUUAAUAAUAAUAAUAAUAAUAAUUAUUAUAAUUAUAAUAAUAAAUUUUAUUUGAAAAGUGAAAAAUCUCCUUUAAUAACUAAUCAAGAAGACAUAUAUAAUAAAAACAAAUGGAGUUUUUUAAAAAACGAUGACAUGUUAUUAAAUAAUAAUAAUAUGGAGAAGAACAAAUAUAUAAAUAAUACUACAAAUAAAUAUACACCACCCAUAAAUAAUAAUAAUAAUAAUAGUAGUAGUAGUAAUAUAAAUAAUAUAUUUAAUGUUCAUAAUGAUAAAUAUAUAAACGGUAUAAAUAAUAUUCAACAGAAUAAAAAUAAUAUGGUUGUAUUUUUUGAUGAUAAAGAUAAAGACCAAAUUAAUAAAAUUCAUAAAAAUAAUUAUGAUACAAAUAAUGAUGAUAUUAAUCUAGGUAAUAUAUGUUUUAAUAAUAAAAAAGAAAAUGAUAUAUAUAAUGUUAUAAAAAAUUAUAAUUCACCUAUACAUAUAUCUACUAAUAUGAAUAAUACACAUACUAUUUUAAAAAAGAAAAAUUUUUUUAAUCUUGAAAAUAAUAAUAUACCCAUAGAUCAUAUAACACACAACAAGCAUAAUAAUAUUAAUCAUAAUAUUAAUCAUAAUAUUAAUCAUAAUAUGAAUAAUAUUAAUCACAAUAUGAAUCAUAAUAUACUUAAUAAUAAUACAAACAAUAGUUAUAUUUAUAGUGCUAGCAUAAAUUACUUAAGAAAGAAUAAUGAUGAGAGGACUUAUAAAGAAACAGAUGAUAUUUAUAUAAAGGAAAAUAAUAUUUCAAAAAAAUAUUAUCCUAAUAAAAUAAAUAUAUUUAAUAAAGAUGAUGAAUAUGAAAAUUUACAAAACAAUGCUAUAAAACUAAAAAAAGAAUAUACAAAUGCUAAUAGUUUUGAUGAUGAUUAUCUAAAAAAUAUAAAUACAAAAUAUAAUUUACAAAAAGAAUAUAUAUUUAAUAAUAAUAUUGAAAUGGAUUUAUUAGAAAAAAAAAAUACAAACGUAUAUCUUCCUAACUGUAAUAUUUUUAAUAAUUUUAAUAAAACAGAUAAUGAUAUGACAAAUAAAAAUAUAUAUUCAUAUAAUGAUAUUAUAAAUGAUAAAAAUAAAGAACAAUUUGAAGAUAUAAAAUAUGCACAUAAUAAUAUUCAUCAAAUUAAUAAUAAUAAGAAACAUCCUUUAACAUAUUUUAAUGAUGAUCAUCAAAAUAAAAAUUACAAUAUCUUUUCAAACACUCCAACCAAAUUUAAUAUAAAUGAUAUGAAUCAUAAUAAAAAUUAUAAUCAUUUCAAAAAUGUACUCAAAAAGACUGAUACACAAAAUAAUAGUAAUCAAAAUAAUAAUAGUAAUAAUAAUAACAGUAAUAGUAAUAAUAAUAAUAGUAAUAGUAAUAAUUUUUUUUAUAAUAAUAUCAAUCAAACAAAUAAUAAGACCCUGCCUCCCUUACCAUUUAAAACAAAUAACAAAUAUAAUAAUUCACAAAAUAAUUUACAUCUGACGAAACUUAAAUUAUUCGAAAAUAAUGAUAGAACACACAAAAAUGAUUCCAUACAAGAAACCAAUCAAACCAUUCAUAGCUCAAAUAAUAUAUAUAGUAACAACAAUAUUGCUAACAUUAACCUGUUGAAUAAUAUGAAUGAAAAUACCCAUUCGAAUUACACACAUGAUAUUUUUAAUAUAAAAAAGGAUGAACAUAGUAACACGAAUUUAUUAAUAAUGAAUCACCACAAAAAUAUUAAUAAUAAUAAUAAUAAUGAUAAUAUGGUGAUGAUGAUGAUGAACUAUAAUGAUACUAAUAACACACAAAAAACAAAGUUAAAUAAUUAUCCCUUUAAUGAUAAUAUAAGAAAUAAAAAUAGCCUUUAUAACGAGGAUAAAGAUAAAGAUAAAAAUAAAGAUAAAAAUAAAGAUAAAAAUAAAGAUCACGAUUUAUUUUUAGCAGAUAACAAAAAAAAAAGGGAUGCUGAAAAUUAUAUGUUCAAUGAAACCUAUAACGUGUUAAAAAACACAAAUAAUGAUAUUAUAUUUCAUAAUAAUAAGAGGAAAAAAGAUUGUAUAGAAACUACAUUAAAAAAUUUAUAUACUAAUAAUUGUGAUAUACCCACAAGUAAAAAUGGCACAAAAAUAAUAAAAAGAAAUAUAAAUGAUGGCAGCUAUAUUAAUGAUGAUUUAUAUAAAGAUAAUAUAUUUAAUAAUAAGAGUUAUAUGAAUAAUAUGAAUAAUAUAAAUAAUAUGAAUAAUAUGAAUAAUAUGAAUAAUAUAAAUAAUAUAAAUAAUAUGAAUAAUAUGAAUAAUCCACAUAAUAUUCACAAUUUGAACCAUCAAAAGGAUAAAGAAAUAUCGUUGAGUAAUAAUAUUUCAAUGCUACUCGAUCGCAUAAGUGAUAAUUCAGAUAUAAAGAAAAAUACAUUAGAUUAUGUCCAAAAUAAUUACCAUGAUAAUUAUAAUAACAACACAACAUAUGAAAAUUCAUAUAAUUAUGUUAAUACAAUAAAUUAUAAUGAUAAUUUAAAUAUGGAUACAAAUAGUUUUGUUAUAUCAGAUAAUUAUAUAUGCCAAUUUGGUUUGUCUUCAUUAUAUAAAUGUAAAUUAAAAAAUGAAAAUAAUUCUUUCCUUAUAAAUGUUAUUGAUUCAUUCUAUUUAAAUCAUAUUAAUGGAAAUGAUAUUGUAGCUAAUAAUAUUCUAUUUCAUAAAAGGUUGAGACAUAUUAAUAUUUUAUCAUAUAAAGGAAAAACAGCAGAUAAAAAUAAAUUAUAUUUAUUAUUUCAAAAUAUUCAUGGUAAUAUCUUAAAAACAUAUUCAACACCCUUAGAGGAAACAGUCAUAGCUUGUUAUGCAUAUCAAAUUAUUGAUUUGUUGGAAUACAUGCACAACAAUUUUAUAAUAUUCCAGGGCCUCCUUUCUAACAUCAUUUUACUACAAAAAAAUACAAAAGAAGAACUAGUACAAAUACUAAACCAACAAAACAAAAAUGUCAAUAAAUAUUUUCAUAUAUAUAAACACGGAAUUAUAAAAGUCUUUAAUUUUGAUUUCGCAAAUAUGGACGCAAAUGAAAAGGAUUAUGAAUUGGACUUUCUAUGUUUAGCGGUCUUAAUAUAUGAAAUGUGUACUAAAUAUAAUUCUUAUUAUUCCAACAAAUUUGAAGAUAUUGUUCAAAAAAUACACAAUACAAAUUUUAUUUUCCCCCACUUUGUAUCGUACGAAUUAAAAAAUUUCUGUUAUGAGUUGUGUUCUAAGAAGAGACAUUGCUUUAGCGAACUUAAAAAUCAUCCGUGGUUCCAAAAAAACCUUAAUUUUUAA